AAUUUAUCAUAACAAAAACUAUAAUCAUCACAAAAACAAACAAACAAACAAAAAAAGAUACCAGGACAGUCGUCACGAAACAAUGAAGGAAAUCAAUCUUUUACUAUAGACGAUGCUGUAAAUAAGAAUACAUGGACUAAGAACACUGUGAUGUCAGUAAUGCUAUUCAGUGAGUCUUACAAACAGAGACCAUAUGCCACGCGCUCUUCACUCUGAUAAAUCACCAUAUGGCCCAGGCGUCGCGUUAAGUCAUGUCACAAUCCGAUUAACCUGUUGAAUAAACCAUUCGGUUUCUUUUCUAGUACUCGUGUUAUUUCCUCUUUGAAGUUCAUCGAUAGUCAGAGUCUGUAAUCGCGAUUUAUAUCAACACAGAUGGACUGUUGCUGGCUAUGAGCACGUGCGAUGGCUAGAAGACUCGAGCUUGGAUAGAGCAGACCUUCAGUGCCAUGGAGGAUGCCCACUCCACUCACUCACAGAGGACUGAGGAUGCAGCCUCCGCCUUGGGAAAUCAUGCUGAACAUCACCUUCCUGUCAGUCAGACAGUCCUGGUGGUUCCAAAGCGCUCAGAGAGCCCCAGUCCGAGUAUGACCGGAGAGACCAUUUAUGUCCCUCGACUGGUGUCUUCAGUUGACGCUUGUACUAACACAGACCCUCCGUACAAAUGCUGCCCAUGGCUGCGCAGACUAUGCCCGUGUCCACCCAGAGGCCUGCUGGCUACCAUUAUCACCAAAGUGUCCAUGGCUGCAGUGCUCUUUGGGGUUGUGUGGUCCAUUACAGAGAAGGAAUGUCUUCCUGGCGGCAACCUUUUUGGCAUCGUGACCUUGUUUAUUUGUUCUGUAGCUGGGGGAAAGCUGUUUGGACGCAUACGCUUCCCGAACGUGCCACCUUUACCUCCACUACUUGGCAUGCUGCUGGCAGGGUUUAUCCUCAGAAACAUCCCUGUGGUGACAGAUGCAGUUUACAUUGAUGUUAGAUGGUCUGCUUCUCUGAGGAACAUUGCACUGGGUGUCAUUCUGGUCAAGGCUGGGCUGGAAUUAGACGGCAAGGCUCUGAAGAAGCUGAAAGCCGUGUGUUUGCGUUUGUCCAUGUGCCCUCUCACCUGCGAGGCAACCACUAUGGCUGUGGUCUCCUAUUUAAUAUUGGGUCUUCCGUGGGUCUGGGGCUUUAUUUUAGGGUUUGUUCUUGGGGCUGUUUCUCCUGCUGUUGUGGUUCCGUCAAUGCUGCUUCUGCAUAAGGAAGGAUAUGGUUUAGAGCAGGGUAUACCUACUCUUCUCAUGGCAGCAUGCAGUGUUGAUGACAUCAUUGCUAUUACCUGCUUCACCACUUGCUUGGGUAUAGCUUUUUCCACAGGCACCGUGUGGUUAAAUGUGCUGAGGGGACCACUGGAAGUAUUAGGUGGCGCUGCCACUGGUGUGGCUUUAGGGUACUUUCUACGUUACUUCCCCAGCAGAGACCAGGGAAAUCUCGUGCUGAAACGUUCCUUUCUAUUGUUGGGGCUGGCCGUGUUUGCUUUGUUUGGCUGUAACGUGGCUGGGAUUCCUGGCGCAGGAGGACUCUGUACGCUGGUGCUGACGUUUGUGGCUGGAAUAGGCUGGGGGAAUGCUAAGGCUCCAGUGGAAGCGGUGGUGGAGAGGUUUUGGCAUGUGUUCCAGCCUCUUCUCUUUGGUCUCAUCGGUGCUGAGGUUAUCGUUACAUCUUUGGAGGUCACGACUGUGUUUCUUGGUAUCGCAGCCCUGUUCAUUGCACUCCUGGUACGCCUGCUUAUCACUUUUGUUGUGGUACUGCGAGCCGGCUUUAACCUUAAAAACAAAAACAUAAACACUCUAACCACUAUACCCAAAAUGCCUAAAGCAACAGUACAGGCUGCCAUAGGCUCCACGGCUCUGGACAUGGCGCGCUCCAAGAAUGACCUUGAGCUGCAGAAGUACGCCAUGGACGUCCUCACUGUGGCUGUGCUGUCCAUUUGCUGUCAGUCAAGGUGCUUUAUCUACAUCGGGGACCCCGGUGACAUACGAGAGUGCCCUGUGAUGUUUUCUGGAAUGCAUCUGGGAAGUGACAGCCCCCACAUCGAAGACUGCUGA